UUUCAUGCGCAGUUGAGAACAGCAGUGUAUCGGCAUUUGCAAGUAGUAUUCUUGAGUUUCAGGUCCACCUUUUUGGUUUUCUUGUCUUGAAACAUGAAAACUCGAAGAGCAAAGCGUUCUCCGCAGCCAUUUUGGCCCUCCAUUGUAAUGAAAAAAUGGCUGAACAUUAAGCCUAAGGCCCAUGACUUUAGUGAGGAUGAAGUUGACACUGAAACUGAGAGUGAGGAUGACGUUGACUCCCUUAAAGAUGAAAGAAUCGAUCAGGAUCAUGCCCGUAGGAUCCAGGGGAGCCAAUCUGUAUGCCAGAAUGAAGAUUCAGGGAAUUAUUCAAAGGAAUACUCGCCGAGACACAGGAGAGGAAAAUCAGAAACUCUUAGAGUUCAGUAUAUAAGCAGAAGAGAUGUGAGAGUGACAAUAGGUACUUGGAAUGUUGCUGGAAGGCUACCAAAUGAGGAUCUUGAGAUUGAUGAGUGGCUGUCUACCCAAGAACCUGCAGAUAUGUAUAUUCUUGGUUUCCAGGAGGUGGUUCCUUUGAACGCUGGAAACGUAUUCGGAGCAGAAAAUAGAAGGCCAAUUCCAAAAUGGGAGGCUAUAAUACGAAGGACCUUGAACAAGUCACCAGAGCGUGAAGCUAUACAGAAAAGCUACAGUGCUCCUCCAUCCCCAGUAUUAAGGACUUCUGCUGCUGCUGACAUGCUUGCUGAAGUUGCAGAAACUCCUAUCCUAGACACUAUCAGCAUGCAGUCUAUUGGUACCAAUGGGAUAUGUGAAACUGAGAUGACUGUGGCGAAGGACAUUCAAUUGCAGCGAAUAUUUGGAAUGGACAGCAACAAUAGAUUGGACUGGCCUGAACGUUCACUGGAUGCUACACCUCAAGUUCUUUCUUCUAGAUUGAAGUUGCGAAGAGUUUUGAGCAGCUCCGGAAGGAUGAAUGAAAUGUCUGAGGAGAGUCGUGGGUUGAAAAGGGUGCACCACAGCUCCGGAAACUUAGCAAUGAUGUGGAUGGAUCAGCAAGAUGGACUUGAAGUUCUUAAUCCUCUCUCUGAUGGGUCUGAUCAAUAUUCUGAGGAGGAAGACGACUCUUUUCUGGAACUAAGUGAGGCCAACCAAAAACUUGAGGCAAAGGAUCCUGUAAAGUUGCGCCCCAGGUAUGUCCGGAUUGUCAGUAAGCAGAUGGUUGGGAUAUAUGUGUCAGUUUGGGUGCGUAGAAGGUUGAGGAGGCACAUAAACAAUUUGAAAGUCUCUCCUGUGGGUGUUGGGCUUAUGGGUUACAUGGGAAACAAGGGAUCUAUUUCUUUGAGCAUGUCACUUUACCAGUCACGGUUGUGCUUUGUAUGCUCUCAUUUGACAUCUGGACAAAAGGAAGGGGCUGAACAUAAACGCAAUGCUGAUGUAAACGAGAUACUAAGUAGAACUCUGUUCUCAUCUGUCUUUGAAAGUGACCAGCCUCAGACAAUUCCAUCUCACGAUCAGAUAUUCUGGUUUGGGGAUUUAAACUAUCGCAUCAGUAUGUUGGAUGAAGAAGUACGGAAGCAUGUUGCAAACAAGAAAUGGAAUGAACUUCUUAACAGUGAUCAGCUUAGCAAAGAGCUACGAAGUGGGCAUGUAUUUGACGGAUGGAUGGAAGGGGUCAUAAACUUUGCCCCAACUUACAAGUAUGAAUUCAAUUCUGACAGAUAUGUUGGCGAAGAUCCAAAAGAAGGGGAGAAGAAGAGAUCACCAGCAUGGUGUGAUCGCAUUCUGUGGUUGGGAAAAGGCAUAAAGCAGCUGUCUUACAAGAGAACAGAGCUAAAGCUCUCAGAUCAUCGUCCUGUCAGUUCAAUGUUCUCGCUCGAAGUUGAAAUCUUUGAUCAUUGCAAACUUCAGAAAGCUCUGAAAUCCAGUGCAGCAGUGCAUCCUGAUAUUUUCCUCAAUGAAGGUGGGGAAUUUGAGAUGUAGCAUACUGAUAACAAGUCAAGCAGUGUAAAAGGUAUACAGGCUUCAAUGGACUGAAUAAAAGUUUAGUGGAUGGUAGAAGUUCAUCAAGCCCAUAGGAAAAACCAACUCUUUCUCUCCUUUAAAAUGCGCUCCAGAGACGUAUCUCAAAGUAUCAUCCAGAGGCCUUUGCAUUUUAAAGAUGGUAGAACGUACUAACCUUGAUCCAUAAAGACCAAGUUAACAACAACAACAGCUAUGACUUUGGAGCAUCUGUAUCUGUAUGGUAUAAGAAUUUGAUAGUUUCUUUGAAUUCACAAGGACAAAGAAGAGGUGACAUUCUUCAUAUGUACAUAGCAGGAAGAACCACACGAGCUUGUUUUUAACUUUCUUUUGUUUCUCUUUUUCAGCUGGAGUGAGUCAUAUCUUGCCAGUUUUCUGAGUUUAUGUGGAUGUGGGGAAAUUCAAUUGUUCCUUUUAUGCUUAAUGGGCGGGGAAGGGAUUUUUUUUUUUAUGUAGAUGAUAAAAUUUUGUCUGUCCUCCUAUCCUUUGUGAGCAGAUGGGGACCUUACUCUGUAACAGAUUGUCUAUGUGGAAUAUAUAAGAAGCAGCUUUUAUGAUCCUCCA